AUGCGUGUCGGUUUUUUGAUAUUUCUGCCGGUUUUGGUAAGCACUACCUUCGUAGGUUUGGAGACUGACAUCGACUACUACCAGGUCCUCCAUGUUAAACGUUCAGUCAAACUGUCCACGAUCAGGAGGGCAUACCGGAAAUUGGCUUUGAGGCUGCAUCCCGAUACCAGUGGGUGCGAUACAACUAAACAGUUCCAGAUCCUUGGGGAGGCAAAACAUAUUUUAACUAGCGAAAUGGAUAGAAAUCUCUACAACAUGCUUCAUCCAAAGGCAGGUUUCUGGACAGAACCGUAUGAUUGGGGCAUGGAUGAUUGUGAAAGGAAGAAUAUGUCAAUCACACAGAAAUAUCAUUUGAAGACAAAACAGUGGUUAAAAGUAUUACAGAAGUGGGUGACAAAUUUCUUGUGGAUGCAGAUCCCAUCUUUGAGGUCAUACAUAGAUCUGUAUUACAACAUUUUAACAGACUACGUCGUUAUUGGUGUAUUGUUGGUUUCUUCGGCAACGCUUUGGAGCAGGGAUCUCGUCGGUCAGUACAUAUCAGCUAUCAGCUCGAUCUUCUACGGCCUUCACCUUCUCACAAUUGCCUACUCGAGUAGACAUCUAUUUAUGACGGAAAUCGUGAAAAAUCUACUGGUCCACUUAAUGAAAGGGCCUUCACUGAAGUCAACACUUUCAGAGAACAACUUCAUACUAAAUUGUUAUAUAUACAUGAUGCUGUCCACAGCUGUUGUUGCGCUGUUAUUUUAUAAAUACCAUACCUUUUACGUUACUAGGGUUAGAGACAGUGUGUGGACUGUAGUCACAGUAGUUGGGUGUGUAUGUGUCCUCGUUAGUCUCAAUACAGAGAUACAACUAGAUUUAAACACAUCAUCAACAGAUGUUUCAGUUUUUUCUUUGGUAGUUUGUGGACUUGUACUUUAUAUUUUACGUAGCUGA